GCGGCCCCACCGGCUACGGGAGAAAAAGACAGCCAGGCAGACAAAGGCACGAAAAGGAGGGAUAGAGAGAGAGAGAGAGAGAGAGAGAGAGAGAUCCUGCAGCAUCCACACCCACCCUGCACGAGCUACACAUUGUCACACACACACUCUGUCUCACACACACGCCUCACGCGCACCGCAGAUAACCACUUACCCAUAAUUUCACACUGCUGAAGGUCACGCCGUAGCCAUGGAGCUGGAUUUCGGACACUUUGACGAGCGAGACAAGUCAUGUCGCAGGAAGCCUGAGAAGAAUGGCCUGCCGAGUCCCACGCACAGCGCUCACUGUAGCUUCUAUCGCACACGCACGCUGCAGGCACUCUCCAAUGAGAAGAAGGCCAAGAAGGUCCGCUUCUACCGCAACGGUGACCGUUACUUCCGUGGCAUUGUCUAUGCAGUGGCCAACGAGCGCUUCCGCACUUUUGACGCGCUGCUAGAGGACCUGACACGAUCCCUCUCUGACAACAUCAAUCUCCCACACGGUGUCCGCUUCAUCUUCAGCAUCGACGGCACAUGCAAGAUCAGCAGCCUCGACCAGCUGGAGGAAGGUGAGAGCUAUGUGUGUGCCUCAGAGAACUUCUACAAGAAAGUGGACUACACAAAGAACGUGAACCCGAACUGGUCCGUGAAUGUGAAGGCGAUUCAGAAGAACGCGGCGAGCCGCCAGGCGAGUGAGAUGCGUGAGAGCAAGGACUUCGUGCGGCCCAAGCUGGUGACAGUGAUUCGCAGUGGUGUGAAACCCAGGAAGGCUGUGAGAGUUCUGCUGAACAAAAAAACUGCACACUCGUUUGAACAGGUUCUCACCGACAUCACUGAGGCCAUCAAACUGGAGAGCGGCGCUGUCAAGAAAAUCUACACACUGGACGGUAAACAGGUCUCUUGUCUUCAGGACUUCUUUGGAGAUGAAGAUGUGUUUAUUGCUUGUGGACCUGAGAAGUUCCGUUACGCACAGGAUGAUUUCUCCCUGGAUGAGAACGAGUGUCGGGUGAUGAAGACUCCUAAAGGUCAGAAAGGUUCAGCUAAAAGUCCUGGGCCUGUUCGCCGUAGUAAAUCUCCUGCUGAGUCCACUAAUGGAACUGGAUCCAGCAGUCAGUUGUCCACUCCGAUCUCUAAACAGUCUCCGAUUUCGACUCCGACCAGCCCUGGAAACGCCCGCAAACAGAAGGAUCUGUACCUGCCUCUCUCCCUUGAAGAUGACACCGAGUCACUGGGAGAAUCGAUGUAAGCUCCUCCCACCCAUCAAUCAACCUGAGCUGCCGAUCACAGAGGUAUCUGUGGUGUUCUUCGUUGCUCCCCGGUGGUGCGGAUGAGUGGCGAUUCUUUCUCGUUUUGUCACUGUCCAGCUUUUGGGCGUUUUUACUGUAAUUUCUGCACGUUUUAAUUUUUUUGCUGCUUGUGAAUUCGUUGCAUCCAUUUAUAGCACCUUCCUUCAAGUUUGUGUUUUUUUGUAAUAAUAUUUUUAAAUAAUGUUCUGUAUAUGCAGGGCAUAUACAUGGCGAUCACAAACGAGUUGAACACCUGGGUUUCUACGCAAUUUAAAUCCUUUUUGUGCAUUUUUGAAGUGAUUUUUUUAAAAAAAGAAAAAUCCCUGAUAUCAAAUGUACAGUUUGUAGUUGUGAGUGCAUUUCAUAUCAGUGUGUAGAUUGUUUUUGGAAUGUUUUGUUUACAUGUCAUACAUUUGUCACUUUAACACUAAAAAAACAUUCUUUCAGCGCUUGGUUCUGCGAAUUCCAAGCAGCAAACAAAGUUCGUUCUAUCAUUCUGACUUGUACAAAAAUACUUUUUAUUAAUCUUUUUGUAACUCUCGCUGUUUAAAGACUCGCUGUGCUUUUAAAACAAAUCAAAAGCAGUUUUUGUUUCUGUCCUGACUAGGCAUGUGCUGAAUUAACGCCAUUUUCAGAUAACAGGGUUACAAUUUUAUCACAGUACUGUAGCUACAUGUAGCUUUUUACUCCUCGCUGUUGUUUAUGUGAUGUUUGUUUCCUCAGAACUUCUCAAUAAACUGUUAAUGACUGUAACCAAGAGCGAGACGUCUAACGUGAGCUAGCUAGACAAAAAUAAGCGAGUUUUUAAAGCUUUACAAAGCGAAUUACACAAAUUUGACUGUUAAUUAAAGUCUUUGUCUGUUCACUAACAGUUUUGUUAAAUAUUACAGAAUAUGGUACAGAAUUGAUCAUCAGCACAUGCCGAGUCCUGACCUGCGCCCUGCUGAUUCAGCGUUUCCACAUGUUUAUGAAAUCGGAGCUUACAGGAAAAGGGAAUAAAUCAUGGUUUUCUUCUUUAAGUAAGCAAAAAGAGAAAAAAAAGUGAAAAAAGACAAACAGAAGAAAAAAAAAUAAAAAAAAAAUAAAAAUGAAACAAGUAAACUGUCCAACCAAAGCCAUAAGAUUAGGAACCUUUAGACAAUAAUAAGCACAUUCAUGACCCUGAGAUUACAACAAAAUGUCUGCUUUAUGUAUACAAUUAUUUUAUUUCUUGAAUGAGGGAUUUGUGGUGAAGAACUGAAAGCAUGAUCGAGAGAAUUUUCAGAAGAAUGCCAAAGUAAAGGAUUGAAGGAUUUUUUUUUCCCAUUCUGGUGGCAGUGUACAUAUCGGCAUGAGUCUCACUCUAGGGUUUAGGAACUCACAUAAAACUGAAAAAAUACAACAUUUCUACUUUCUCUGAAACUGAAAACAUUUGAGAUAAAAUACCUGUUUUUUUGUUCUAAUGCAUGGUGGUGUGUUUCUCUCUGAUGGGGAAAAAAUGGGAAUGACUACAUUUAUUUCUGAUGAUAAUAAUCAUGUUGUCUAAAUCGUAAAAAUUGAUUUAAUUUGAUUCAGAAGUCUGACACUAAUCUGAUCUGAUCACUUCUUUCUCAUAAAACAAUUCAACACUCAUCAUUAUUUCUGCUGAUUGUUAUUCAUUUUUAUAAUUAUUUAUCUUUUUAUCUGAAGUUAUGAACCUUAAGCUCAGUCUCACGUGUUUAAAUCAGUCAGCAGUAACGGAUCGUCUCUUUUAACAGACUGAUUUCAUGCUUGGUGAACACACACACCUACACACACACCUACACACACACACCUACACACACACCUACACACACACACACACCUACACACACAUACAAACACACACACAAGCACACACACAUACACACACCUACACACACACAUACACACACACACACACCUACACACACGCACACACAAGCUCACACACAAACAUACACACACAUACACACACGUACACACCUACACACACAAACGCACAAACAUACACACACAUACAUACACACAUACAUACUGUACACACAAACACACACAUAUACACACACACAGACACACACAUAUACAUACACAUACAUACAAACACACACAUACACACACAUACAGUACACACACACAUAUAUACAUACACACAAACACACACCUACACACACGCACACAUACUCGCACACAAACGCACAUACACACACAUAUACAUACACAUACAUACAAACACACACAUACACACACAUAUACAUACACACACAUAUACAUACACAUACACACAAACACACACAUAUGCACAUACACACAUACACAGACAAUUUAAAAAUUGAAUGGUAUGAUGUCAUAACCACUUCCUGUUUCAGUAUGGUUGGUAUUCGAUGUGUGACGUUUGUCACCAUAAUUAUCGGAGCUUCAUUACAUCAGCAGUUUAAUUGUGACAUCAUACGACAUAAUUCUGUUACACUCGUCCAAAUUCAUGGCCUUUAAUUGAUUGAUCUAAUCGAACAGAUCACUGAAGAGAAAUCUGGUUCUAUUUAUUAAUCUUGUGAUGUGGAAGCGAAUACUCAACACACACCUAAUUAUUCUCAUUAACAUUACCGUGUGAACGUGUCUCACCUCCUGUGGUGCCUUUUCUCUGUCUGCUGUUUUUAUAAAUUAAUCAAAAUCUUUAAAUCUGUCUUACUCUCCAACUGUCUCACACUAUAUCCCACUACAUCUGGUUCUCUCUCACCUUCUCUUACUCUAUAUAUUUUACUCAAUGUUUUUAUUUGUCUCUCCCUAGAUUUCUUACUGUUUUUAUCUUUGUCUCACUCUAUUUAUCUCUCUCCCUGUCCUCCAUCUCUCUCUCUCUCUCUUUCUGAAGGUGGUCUGUAGUAUUUUAGGUGAACUCUUCACACAGUGCAGAUUUUUCUCCUCAUCCUCACAAACACACACAAACACAGAGACACAAACACACACACACAAACACACACACUCACACACACUUUUUAAUUUGGGGAUGAAUUUUGGACUUCCUCUCAUAAUGAUGAUGAUGAUGAUAAUGAUGAUGUAUUUCCUGCUGUGUCAUCGUGGCUUGUUUCGGUGAUGUCAUUCUGUGUAUCAACUUUUUCAAUAAAAAUGAGAUGUUAUUCAUA